GACGUCCAUAUUUGAUUGUUCAUCUCUCAACAGCCUCGCCUCGCCCCCCCUUUUCGCGUCAUCGCGACUCCGUGUGUGUUUUUGUUUUGGGCGUUCGAGGUGGCUGGCCGUUUAACGCUUGAGCUGUCACUCGUCAGCGGCACAAGCAGCUUCUGUUUCCGCGCGUUGCGUCGAGCUACUGCUUAGGAGCUGAAUCACAGCUGCGAGCCACUAUUCCCCAGGGUCCCUUCUUUGUCUCCCCCCCUCUUUCUCCUGAGCAGGGCGCACAAUGGCUGCAAAGGCGGCUCGCUAUGCCGACUCGCUGGACGACGCCCGAUGCGAGGGCAACUGGCAAGAUGUUCCGGAGCUGGUUCGCAAGGUCCGCAAACACGAUCCGGCGCGAGAAUGCCUCACGUUGACCGCCGAAACGGAAUGCGCCAUCUCCAAAGUGACCGCCGCCGGCACGCAGCCGUCCGACCUCGACGUUCCCAACCGACUUCCGAGGCUCAUGGCCGUUAUCGAGUCCGAAUCCCGCCCCGAAGAACGAUUCCAGGCCCAGGUCUGCGUUGGAUGGCUGCAUUGGGUGGUCGGCGAGUACUCUUUGGCCCUGGAACGACUGCCCAAGAGCCUCACCGCAGAGAUUCCAGACAUCGACCCGGCGAAUACGGCAUCGGAAUGGACCAGCGUGUGCGCGCUCAAGGCUGCCUACCUCAGGGCGAACUGCCUGAUGCGAGACGGGCUGAGGUUGCCUGCGCUGGCUGCGCUGCAGGAGGGCCUCCCGUCAUUGGACCGCGUCUGGAGCGGUCACGGCAUCCGCAAGCAGCUGCGAUACUGGUCAGAGCUGUUUCUUACGGAGCACUGCAUGCUCACCAGUGAGGCACUUCACAACAGCGAAAUCUCCCUCGACGACCCCAAUUCCAUCUCCAGCUUCCGAUCUUGGGCGAGAUACUGGAAAAUCAUGUCAGCCCCUGUCACGGGCGGUUUCGGCUUCAAGGGUUCCGUACCCCGGAGGAGGAUCUGGAACGAGUACUAUCUGGCGUUGUCGCGAAUACUGGAGAACGAUCUCCCGUAUCCGACUGGGCAAGCUGAAAAGAUGGUGGACGAUAUGUCAGCUCGAAGCCAGUUGAGGGUAGAACUCCAGCGAGCAGAGUCGGCUUAUCAGGCCCUCCUGCUCGGCGAGACGACCUUUCCCCGAGCCGACGAAGACCGCGUUGAGGUCGAGACGUUUAUCAAGCAAGUCAUGAUGAACUGGUCUAUUUUGUGCGGCCGUGGAUGGAGUGAGCAGGAUCUGGGUCAGGGUGGUCGAGAUCUCCUGAGCCGGAGCGUUCUCGAAACCCUGUACAACGCCGCGACAAGGACAUACCACUCAACAGCUAUCCUCCGGUCUUUGUUCACCGUUCACUUGUCCGUGGCCGAAUUCGACCUGGCCUUCAAAGCCCUCGACUCCUACCUGGACAUUGUGAAGAAGGGCAAGGCACGAGUGGCCAAGACGGGACACCCUGAGCCGAGCUUGGACGACGACAAGGCUGCUCUGGAAACUUUGUCACAAGGCGUGAUGACGCUGUGCACAUACGGGCACAUGGAGGCCGCCGAAAGGGCCCGGCAGCUGGGCGCUGAGCUGGAGGACUGGCUUUCCAAGCUCCCGCACGUGAAUGCGCAAGAGAACGGCACUCCUGUGAUCGCGGAGGAUAAGGAAGAGAGCCAGGUGCAGCCGGACGCCCCGCCGCCUCAGACCGUGGCUCUCGCGUGGCAAGCCAUUGGCCUUGCACAUGCUCACUGGUCCCGGGUGACGACCGAAGCUGGGUCAAGGGCUGAGAUACAGUCCAAAGCCAUCAGAUGCCUUCGAAGAUCCUUGGCCCCCGAAUACGGUCGGUCAAAGGACGUGCGAAGCUUCUUCGCCCUUGGUCUUUUGCUGGCUGAGCGUCGCGAGCUUGCUACAGCUAUAGAGCUCGUUAGAUCGGCAUUGAUGGCCGUACACGGGUUUGAAGAGGACUACAACCUGUUUUACGGGCCUUACUGGCAGGAGAGGUCUCUUAUCCCCCUGUGGCAUCUCCUGGCCCUUCUUUUGAGCGCCCGGCAAGACUACACCAUGGCAGCGAGGGCCUGCGAAGGUGCCUUGGAGCAGUUCAAGGACCCAACCGUUCUCUUUGGUAAGGCGGACAGCGGGUUCCGCAGUGAGCACCUCAACGACGCCGAAAAGGCCGCGCCCCCAAGAGGGCUUGUUGAUGAUAUGAGUGAUGAGGAGAAGGUGGGAAUUUUGGACGUCAAGAUGACACAGCUUGCCUUGGUAGAGCUCAUGGAAGGGCCGGACGUCGCCGUGAAUGCCAGUUAUGAACUGCUGACUUUGUUUUCACGAUUAUUCGGUAGCAUCGACGUGCAACAGCCAGCGCUCAAGCCCCCGGUUGUGAGAGAGCCGCCCAAGACUUCGCACACGUUCAAGGGAAGCAUCUUUAGAUCGCGCGCAGACAGGUCGAGACCGCCCACCAAGCAGAUGAGCAACGCAACGCUGGGCGAGAAGACAGCAGCGCCAGAUCGGCCUGCGACAUCACACACCACUGCCCCUAGCAUCGCCCCAACAGUUCAGGUCACGGCAGAAAACGGAACCCGACGGUCACGGAGCGGCAGUCUAGGGGCCCAGACCCAGAGGAGCGAAUCUGGAAGGAGAAACAGUUUGAAAAAGAAGACGACUAGAAGCGGCAGUCAGCGGCGUAGGUCGUCGAGCCUGGGCGGCCUCUCGCACCAGGCUACUGUUAUCGGAGACGACUCGACGGAUCACGACUUCUUUUCAACCGCUGGCAGGCGUCUACAGACUCGGAUUACAAAUUCCUCCAGGGGAAGGACGCGCUCCUCUAUGAAUUCCUAUCUCUCCACGAAUUCCAAGUACGCCGACGAUGAUCUUUCGGGCGACGUCAGCUUUACCCUACCUCACCUUCUACCGCUGAUCAAGUUCCCGAAAGACAAGGAGCGAAACCAGCGGACGGCGAUUCUCAUCAAAGUGUGGCUGAUGAUUGCCGGCUUCUAUCGCCGAGCAGGGAUGCUGGAAGACUGCAAGGGCUCCGUUGCCGAAGCGCAGAAGCUGAUCCAGACGCUCGAGAGUGAUGUAGCAAAAGACCCGGCCAGCGGGCCAGCAACUACCAGGGCUCCGUCUUGGGGUGAGAAGAAGAGCAUAGAUGAGCUCUGGGGCGACAUUUACUCCGAG